AUGGAAGACUGUAGUAAAAACAAUACUUAUGAUAUUAUUUUAAUCGGCGAUAAUCUUUCGAUGUACAUGGCUAGUAUUUAUCUACAGACAUCAAAUUAUAAUCAAGUGGUCCUUACAAAAUCGUGUGAAGAAGAUUUACUUUUUGAAGGACAUGAUAAAGUUGUGGGCGUAAAAAAUGUUAAAAAUCAAGAAGAUCUUUUACAGCGCGUAAGAGAACAGACAAAAUAUCUUAAGGUUCCUGUAAAAACAGAAAAUAUUUUAAGCAUCGAUUUUGAUGACUGUGAUAUUAUAAAAGAAAAUAAAUUUAAGGUUGUAACAGAUAACAAUGUUUAUUAUUCAAAAUGUUUAGUGUACAACAAUAGUGAGAUAGAAACAGAAGGCUUAUUUUCUACAAACAUGAAUAUUAAAUUUAAUGAAGCAAUUGAAAUAUUAGGUGAUGGGUGUAAACUAUCAUUUAAAAUAAGGGAUUUUAUUAGUCGAAGCGGAUUUGAAUCUUCUUGUGCUAGACAAAAUUUAAUAAAAAUAAAAUGA